ACCAGAAACGUUCUUCAAGAAUCAAGACACCACUGCCCGCGACACCAAUCCCUCCACCCAUCUCGCAACAGUUCUUGUCACCUUCCAGGUUUACCCGUCGAACUAUCAAUAUGUUCUGAACUCUCGACCAACUCAGCCAUAAUCAAAGGCAAAUGUCCAAAGAAAAUGUUAGUUUCACGCCUCUCUCGCCUGCGAACCAGACCCCGCAGCUACAAAGCCCUCGGAUUUCUCAGAAUUUCAGAACCGCCAAGCCUUUCCUCGUUCGUAAGCGGACUCACGAUGACGGAUAUUUUACCGAUCAUUUUCCUUACAGAUCUAAGGAUGGAAUUGAUAAUGAAUUGCCAUCUUUAAUUACUGGCGUCAAGAGAGUUCCUCUUAUGGAGAUACCUAUGAACACACCAUCACCAUUUUCUACUGCUGGAUACAAGUCAAUAAAGAAUCAAAAUGGCGAGUUUUCUAAUGUCAGACCCAUGGCUGGUUCUAUGGACACUGAAUGCAUAUCUGAUCCUUUUAUAACCCCUACAAAAAAACCAGAUUUCUCUAAUUUAAGUGAUUCUUUCUUGACACCUAGCCUUCUCGAUGAGGAUUUUGAUGAAUCUAUAUUGGAAGAAAUCGAUGCUAUAUGUGAGCAGCAGUCUGCAGCAAAAGCAGAAAGGGAGGAUCUAAAUGUCAACAUCGACAUGAGAGGUCAGCAAUAUGACUAUAGUUGUAGUGAUCAUAUUGCUUCUUCGACUCUCACUACUAAUGAGAAUGUAAGAGCAGAAAGUGCAGUAGAUACCAGGAAUUAUUUUGGGUUAAAAGAGGAUGAUCUAAGCACUUUGGGGACAGCACAGAGUGGGGGCAUGCCCGACGAAUAUUCAAAAUACUUGCAAUCUUUGAAUGAUAGACAGUGUGAUGCAGCUUGUAGUAAUAUAAAAAUUCCUUUAAUGAUUGCUGCUGGUCCAGGAAGUGGAAAGACUUCCACAAUGGUUGGGCGUGUUCUGAUGUUGCUUAAUGAGGGUGUUAGUCCAUCAAACAUCUUGGCAAUGACUUUCACUACAGCUGCAGCUUCUGAAAUGAGAGAUCGUAUUGGUGCAGUGGCUGGGAAGGCAACGGCUAAAGAACUUACAAUUAGCACAUUCCAUUCAUUCUCUUUGCAGCUGUGUCGUUCACAUGCAGAAAAGUUAGAGCGUACAUCAGAGUUUCUAAUUUAUGGGCAUGGGCAACAAAGAAGAGCAAUCAUUGAGGCAGUGCGGUUAUUAGAAAAUCAAAAAAGUGGACAAAAGUAUGAAGCUUGCAAGUCGAGCACAACUGAAAUUUUAAAUGGUGAGAGACAUCCAGAAUAUUUUAAGGACAAAUCAAAGAAAUGGCAGAAGUUUGUGACUCAGGCAAAAGCUUCUGGUAAGACUCCGGAAGAGUGCCGUAAAAUGGGUGAUGAAAUAGGAGCUGCAGUUCUUGGAAAUUACAGUGACAUAUUAAGGUCUUGCAAUGCUUUAGAUUAUCAUGACUUAAUCUGUUGUUCAGUGAAGCUGCUCACACAAUAUCCUGAAGUGUUCAAGGAGUGCCAAGAUUCAUGGAAAGCCAUCAUAGUAGAUGAAUUUCAGGAUACCAGUGCAAUGCAAUACAGUCUGCUGCGGAUUCUUGCAUCCCAUAACCACAUAACAAUUGUUGGUGAUGAUGACCAGUCAAUUUUCAGCUUCAAUGGAGCUGACAUUUCUGGUUUUGAUUCAUUUCGCAAAGAUUUUCCAAACUACAAAGAGAUAAGACUUAUCAGAAACUAUCGAUCCACCCGCUGUAUCGUUGAGGCUGCAUCAUGUCUUAUACAAAAUAAUACAAAAAGAUGCCUGUCAAAGAAUUUUCUUUCUGAAAAUUCCUAUGGAUCUAAGAUCACUAUCAAGGAAUGUUACAACGAGGAUGCACAGUGUGCCUUUGUCGUUGACAAGAUUUUGGAAACUGCAUCUAAUGGUACAAUUGCUAGUUGCUCCUAUGGGAAGAUUGCAAUUCUUUACCGGAGACAGGUCUCGGGAAAAGUUUUUCAAACUACUUUCCGUAGCAGGAAAAUACCAUUUAAUCUUCAUGGUGUGGCUUUUUACAGGAAAAAGGUUGUUAGAGCUAUUAUUGCAAUGCUUAAAACAGCAUUGCCUGCUUGUGAUGAUGGUGCCUAUCGUAAAGUAUUCAAGGCUUUGCUUCCUUUUGAAAAAGAGGAAAAGAAGAGGGUACAUGUUGCAAUUGAAUGUGUAAUUGAACAUGUAGAAAAAAUUGCAGCUUGUAGAAAAUGCAGCUUCAUAUCAGCUGCCAGUGACAUCUUUAGUGCAAAGAUUUCUGGUACCUUCAAGAGAAGUCAACUUACACAAGGUCGUAAAGUGCUACUGACACUGGGAAUGAUAUCAAAACUUGUUCAGAGGGAACAAUCAAUUUCAGCAGUCAUAACUUCAGUAUCAAACAUGAUACCUCAGAAAUAUCUUCUUGAACAACGAGCAGUUAUAGACGUUGAUGGAGGAAAAUUGCUUAAUGAGGACAAUGAUGUCAGAUCUGUUCUUCAGUACCUACUAGAUGAUGUUUCUGAUUUCCUGUCUACCCAAUUUACUGACAGAGAAGAGAGGAGAGAGACUGGAGAGGAAAAAGGCUGUGUCAGUGUACUAAAUUAUUUCAUUGACUACAUAACUGAGCGUGAGAGAGAAAAUUUUCGUUCUCAAAGACAUGACAAUGAAAAUUCUGUUACCUUGACUACCAUUCAUCAGUCGAAAGGCUUGGAAUGGGACAUGGUCUUCAUAGUAAAGGCAAAUGAAACAGAGAUUCCUUUGAUACAUGAAUUCAAUGGUGCUGCAACUGAAAAUGGGACAUCAAUAGAGGAGGAAAGACGCCUGUUAUAUGUGGCAAUGACCCGUGCUCGUCAAAAACUUUUCAUUCUGUAUGUUACAAUGGAUUCGAAUUGGCAGAUGCUUCAACCUUCACGGUUUCUUAAAGAAAUCCCAGAUCAUCUUCUAGAAAGUCAGGCGGAAGCAAGCAUGGAUGUUUUGAAAACCACACAUCAAGACAUUCCAAAAGAAACUGGACAGUUUACCACUGAACUGCUAAGUGAUAUGCAAUCGUCUGUAGCCAACAUGGUGCCAGAGAAUUUCCUUGACGCUCAAAAUAAUGCAGCCUCAGAAGAGUCUGCAGAAUUAUUUAAGGCAUGCAGUGGAAGUACCUUUUUAACAAGAUUCAGUGUGGAGGAGAGAUCAAUCAUCUCCCACUUAUUCCAUCAAUGGGCUAAGAAGCAAGCCUUUCAAGAGCCUAGGAGGUUGCUUGAUAAGGUUCGCUUUGUAAUUGAUGAGCGCCUGAGGGUCAAAAAUUAUAAACACAAGGAAGCUCUGCGUGGAUUAAGGUCAUGUUUGAGCUGUGAGGAAGCAUUUCACUACGCAGAAUAUGUAGUGAGGUGGGAGCAAAUCCCUGCUGAUAAGCGUGCUCACUUGAUGCGGGAGAAACAGCUAUUUUUUCAUCUUCUAGGAGCAUUUCCAGAAACUAAGGAUGGAGAAUUCGAUGGGUUCAUCAGCAGCAACAUCUAAACAGGUAUUUAUGAUCAUUGGCUCGUGUCUCGUGAAACCUUGCAACUUCGUCUAGCCACAUGAUGAGGCACAUGAAACUUGAAAGAUAAAGCAUUUAACGCUGCACAAGAUUGAGUUCACGCCUUGAACUAUGAAAAUGCUUGAUCAUAUCAUCCGAACUCCAUCAUUUCCUCUCAUAGUCAUGAGUCAUGGCAUUGAUUAUCUCCAUAAGUUUGACGCUUAUGUUUCACAUUAAUUUGUCGAACCAAAUCCGUCACCGGUCAACUUACGAAACAAACUAUCAUCUCUUUUUACUGUAGAUUGCUUAUCUGCAAAGUUUGGGCUGCACUGUCAUCCCCACUUCAAGACUUCAUGCUUCUCGUCUGAUUGAGCAGUACAAAUCGCUGUGACUAUAAGUCUGUUCUGAAGAAGUCUGCACAUAGCAGAGAUACCCAGAUCCAGUUGCAUGUGUGGUAUAUUUUUAACUAACCUGGGGCGCUGUUAAUGUGGACUAUAAAUGUUGGUAUGAAUAGAAAACUUGCAUUGGCCUUAUCAGUUGGGUUUAAUUUGAUAGUGUUC